AAAACCUAAGUCACUAGCAGCCAACUUCAGUUCGGAGUCGUAUACUGCAGUUUUACCCUAACCUUUAACAGUACUAAACAAAAUUUAAGAAUGCAGCGAGAAGAGAAGCAGUUGGAUUCUGCUCUUGAAGCAAUUAUUAUGCGAGUAAAUGAUUUGAAGACAGCAAUAGCUGCAAUGAUAUUCAAACUUGAACAUGAAUAUGAAACACUUAAUUGGCCAAAUUUUCUUGAUAAUUUUGCCCUUAUUUCUGGUCAUCUAACAAGUCUUUCAAAGAUUUUGGGAAAUGAUAAAGCACCUAUCAUGAGAAAUCUUGCAGUGCUACCAUUGUUAUUAAGUCCUGAAAAAGACGAAGAUUUAAUGCGUCUCACAGAAUGUCGAAUAUCUACAUUUGCCCAUGAUUUAGUACCAGAUUAUUUACGAACAAAACCAGAACCACAGGCUGAGCAGAAGAUGAUGCAGCUAGAAGUAAAGGCCAAUAAUUUGAGCUAUGAUACUGCACAUGACUGCAAUAAACAAGUAACCCAAUAUAAUAAAGUCCUCAGUCACGUUUGGGAUAUAGCAAAUAAAGCUCGAGAAGAAUGGGAAGGAGAAGCUGGUUCAAGAGCAACACAGGCACAAACGAGCAGUGCAGCUGAUACUCAUGUUCUUGUAGCUGCUGUUGGUGUCGGAAAAGGACUUAAGUCUGACUCUGUUCAAAUGGUUCAGUCCGGCGUUAGUCCUGUUCCUAGUGGUAUGAUGGUUGGAAGAUCUGGAGGACAACCUCAAGCAGCUGGUCAGGGACCUUUAGGAAAUGCUCAAAUGGGACAAAUGGGUAAAACGCCUAGCGCUAUAAAAACAAAUAUCAAAGCAGCAUCGCAAAUUCAUCCUUAUGGACGAUAGAAAAAGACUAUAAUUAACUACAAAAUCAUUCCAUCCAGCCAUCAGGACACGACUCUAAAUAUCUUUUAACAAGAAUUUCCGUCACUGGGGCAUUAUACAGCCAUUGUAUGUCAUAAAAUAACUCUAGAGAGUCUACGAAGUAAUCAAUCUCAGCAUUCUCCUCAAAAUGGAUCAUCUGAUUGAAAAUCGCAUAUACAUAAAUAUUAAUAUCAAUAUAAUUGUCAGAGUGAUUAUAACAUAUUCUAUCAACGAAUAUCCUACAAUUUAAAGAUAGAAAUAAAUAAAAGUAAAACAAA